AUGGACAGCAUCGAAUUCGAUUUGCACGGUUUGAUUCUGGAUAAGCUAUCUAAAGUGUUGAGUUCACAUCCAAAUACAUCAGACGAAGAAAUAGAUCACUUGAUUGCAAGAUGUCCUGUUCUGUCAGAAUCUUCACUUGGACUUAUGUUACAACCAUAUCAAGAUGGCAUAAUUGCCCUAUCGUCAUUUGCUGCAUCCACAAACAACAAGUCGCAUGUUGAUCGAAUACUGACUCUCUUGUUAAAAUAUCUUCAAAUUCUUCCACAAUUCAAAUUUGAAGAGAUUCUGAAAUGGAAAGAUCUGUGUCCAGCAGACGAACUUGCGGGAAGAUUGAUUGGAGAGCUGUUAAAUGUGGCUCGGAAUUUCCCCGACACGCGGGAAGAAAUUGUCGGAGCAAUUUUGAAUCUUACUGAACGUCUUGUUAAUCUUUUGCAAAACGAAGAUGAUGUUGCAAACUUGACGGUUACAGUUCUUCCUCUUAUAAAUGGAACAUUAAGAUCGCUACAAAGUUCGUCAUUCGAAUGGACACUUGCUGACUUUGAAGCUGUGAACAAUUUAUCACUACCACUCCUCUCAAAUGAACUUAUACAGCAUAUCAGCGGAAUAAUAGAAAAAGUCAUGAAAUCCAAUGAUGAUAGCGAUUACUAUGCCAAGAAAGUAUUAUUUCGCUAUUCUAAUGCACCUAUACCUCUUUCAAGCAAUGGAUUGGUACUUAAUGUCUUACAGCUGAUGCAAAAUAUGUUGGCCAGAAUUUUACUCAUAACAAGUAACGACGAAGUUGCAGUUAUGGGGCCUGGUCAAAUAUGGAGUGCGUUGGUGAGCUCAGGAAUGAAUCUCAAUUGGACUCUAGAUGAAAAAACAAAAGACGUUCUUAGAGGAACAUAUGUUAUGGCACUACAAUAUUAUACAGAGUUGGAGAAGUUAAUGGCACAAGGGAAGGAUUUUCCAACCGCGAAAUAUGCUAUAGAAAUAAUGGCAGCAAGCUUAAAAUUGGCAGCUGUCGCUGGCGUAUGUCUGCAUGAAAUUGAUUAUGACUUAAACGCAAAAAUAUCUCGCACCUUAUUUAUUGCUCCACAAACACCAGACGUGAAAGUGCAGACGGCUGCCUUAGAUGCUGCUGCAUUGAUAUCGUUGAAUUUCCCGCUGAAACAUGCUUCAACAAUGAUUCAGCUUAUCAAGAAAUUUCUCACUACCCCAUCAACAAUUUUUGAGUUGGCGACAACAGCUGCCGACGAUCUUACGAUUCAAAGAUAUGCGAUCCGGAGACUCGCGGAUUGCCUGAAAGCCACAAAUGAUGAAAAUCAAAUUGUAUCUAUGAUAUAUGAAUUACAAAAUAUGCUUGUGGCCAGGGGCUAUGAUCGCUCACCUUCGAGGAACGUUUCUGUUGAUCAUAUUUCGGUGACAUCAGGCACGGAAGAGCAAAAGCUUCAAGUCUGCGAAAACCUUGUUUAUACUAUUGCUGGUAUUACUUGUGUAUUGCAAAUCGAUAAGAUCACAUCUCUUGCUGAGCCAAUUUUACGACAACGGGUUCGCAACCAUGCCCCUGCACUUGACGUCAUUAUUCUUGAAAAUCUGGUGAAUAUUGCAUUAAUAGCACCGAGGAAAGUGUUCGAAGACAUAUUACAACAUUUUUCAACAAUUAGCAUGCAAUCACUCUCACCAAAAAACAAAAUUAUUACUACCGCUGUCUUGAAAUGUCAACACGAGCUGGCCAAUAGAAUUAGUGCACGUCCAGAAUUUUAUGAUUUUUAUUUAACGAAGAUAUUGGAAUUAUUUGUCGAAAAAGGUGUAGUUAUCCAAAAAACUGUGGCAGAACAUGGAAGGGUCCAAGUGACAUCGCUUGCAGCGGAAUUGGGCAUACUACUCCCCAUACUCUCAACACUUUUGUCACAUCGCGACUUUAUAGCGCAUUUGAAUCCGUCAGAGGAUCUUGUUAGUCUGUUUCGAAAUGUUUGGUUCCAUUGCGUUCUCUAUGGCUUUGUAUCCGAAGCUACAUGGAUGCGAGAAUGGUGUGAUUCAUUGGUUAUCAUUGCCCAAAAGACUCCCCCAUUGGUGCAGGAGAGUGCAACGAAUUAUUUGGAAUAUGAUUUAGAAUACAAUUCCGUAUUAGUAAGGGGCUACUCUGAGCAGGACUUGGUACAUUUACGCGCCUUGUUGUCCGGAUUUCUCCCUGAACAUGCAUAUGAGCUUCGGAAUUAUUCGUUUGCGCAGAUUACAUUUUUGCUUUCUGUCUACCAUAUCGAAACAAUGCGUGCUCAGAAAGGACAGUUUUCAUUUCUUACGAGGUAUUUCGUUAAUCAAGGUGUAAACACCAGCAAGCUUGUUCGUUGCAUGGAGGAGAUUGCUGAUCAGGUUAUGCAAGUUUUCAUCAACGAGUGUAAUAACAGGGUUCUAGCUCAUACUGUUGACGACGAUCUUCUAGAACAAGUGUGCAAUUUGAUGAUUGCUUCAUGUCACCGCUUUGAAAAAGUACACACAUUGGCUAUCAAAUACCUCGAUUUGCUGUUUACGUCUUUUCAAUCACUGUUGUGUAACAAGAAACUAGUUUAUUUGCUAUUGGAAUUGAUCGAGUUAAUGUGGAAAAGUUGUGAUGCGGAAAACAUUAAUGAGUAUUCCCCAACAUAUACAUUUAGCAUACCCAAAUUUGGAGUUAUCAUAGAAUUUACAGAUUCAUAUGCAUAUCGACGAGAAGUCUUGUCUCGGUUGUGUGAGAAUGCAAGAAAAUGGUUGAAAGCAGCAAAUACAUGCAAUAGUUCGGAUCUCAAAGGAAUUUUGGAGGGCUAUUUAUCCGAAACCGAUUUUGAAAGCACAGUUCAUAUGGGUCGUUCUAUUGCCUUGGAGAUUGGGAAAUCCUUUUCCAAUCCGGAUUACAAAACAAGUGUAUUUCCACAAAUACCGGAAACCGUAAUAGAUGAUGCAUCCGACUUCAUCACUGAUUAUUCUAUGAGGAGACGUUAUCGAGGCCAAGUAGCUGAGGUCUACCAUUGGCUUAACUUUAUCGAUGAUGAGGAUUUGCGAAGUGAAAAUAUUAUAAACGGAAUUCCCGACCAAGUAGUUGAUAGACAACUUAGCAAAGUACGAGAGAUACUUGUGAAAUUGGAAGCAAAUGCUCGUAAGCAUGUGCACAUCUCUUUAAAGGAGCUCAGCAAUAAGUUGCAUUUUGCAGCCGAAGUUUUAAUUGCAUCACCACAGGUUAACGAAAACAUAAUAAGCCAUCUUGUAUGGAUUCCUGUUUGUAUGUUCACUCCAGCGUCUUUGAAAAUUGGUAUUUCGAUAUGGAAUUGGAUAAUUAACGAGAAACCGGAAGUAGAAAAAAGAAUCAUGUUGGAGAUUGUUGUUGCAUGGGUGUGGAGUGUGAGGCAGCGCAAAGGGCUUUUUUCAUCCAUGUUAGAGUUUAGGGACCCGUUUGUGAACAAGAUGAAAUAUGCUCCAUCUGACAAGGAUACCAGGAAUAAAAUUUGUCAAAAGGCAAAUUUCUUACUCAGGCCUCAUCUCAUCUGGAUCCAGUUUCUUAAUAUUCGAUUUCAGUCAAUUCGAUAUCGAAGUCCUGAAUUAACAGAUAUUUAUUUAAGACUUCUUGAGAUUACUCUUGGCGAAUACGAUUCCAUGAGCAACCAUCCUCUAUCACGGGAAUGUCGAUUUGAAAUUUUAGUACUCGGAUUUAAGGUUUUGCAAUCAACUAGGAUGGAAGCAUUAAUUGAAUACCAAAUGAGGGAAAGGUUAUAUAAAGCAGCGUUUUCUUGGUUUGCCUUUCCACCAAGAUGGGGUUAUGGUGCCAACAAACGUGCAGCAAUCAUAGAAUACAAGCUUAUGCUUGAGCUUUACAGACUCGUUGAGACUGAUAAAGCUUGCCUAGAUAAUAUUUUGUCGAGUGCCUCUAAGAAGUCCAUUAAGAUCGCUUUAAACGAUGGCACGUUGUUCAUUGGCGAUAAAUCUCGCAGUGACAUUCUAAAACAGUCAGUCGAUGCAAAGAACUUGCUGCUUCUGUUCCUUGAGAGUGAGAUAUCCAGAGUGGGCGUUUGGGCGAAUCCCGUCAAUGUCCAAUCUCAACUAAAGGAAACGGUUCUUCCUUCAAUGGGACAAAACAUGACAGAGGAAAAUUGGAAACGAACAAUUCGAUAUGCAUGGUUCAUAUCACCUAGCCUCCCAAUUCAACUUUCUGCAAGGUUUAAAAUGUCAGUCGUGCAAAAUGCAGUGUUGGAACUUUUGCGCUCUCAAUCCCAUGAAGCUGUUGCCGUCGCUGAGGCGCUUCCACUCUUGCUUGGCAAGAAGCUAGAUGAAAAUGUAUCGUCGCAGCUUAAAUAUUUGUUAUAUUGGAAACCAGUGCCUCCGGUUACAGCAAUUACAUACUUUUCACCAAAUUACAACAAUCAUCCAUUGAUAUUGCAAUACGCAAUGCGCUCGCUCGAAUAUCACCCGGUAGAUGUGGUCUUUUUUUAUAUACCGCAGAUAGUUCAAGCAUUAAGAAGUGAUACAUAUGGAUAUGUCGAAAGAUUUAUAAUGGAAGCAGGCAAGAUUUCUCAACUGUUUGCACAUCAAAUAAUUUGGAAUAUGAAGGCCAAUAUGUUUAAAGAUGAAGAAUGCACAACACCCGACUCGCUUAAACCCACGCUGGAUCGUAUUAUUGCAAAUAUUGUGGAAACCUUGUCCGGAGAAGACAAAGACUUUUACGAAAGAGAAUUCAAAUUUUUUGAAGGUGUUACUUCGAUUUCUGGAAAGUUGAAGCCAUAUAUAGGCAAGAAACCUGAGGAGAAAAAGGCAAAGAUAGACGAAGAAAUGAAAAAGAUUGUUGUAGAUGUUGGUGUUUACCUUCCCAGUAAUCCGGAGGGGAUCGUUGUUGAUAUUGACUACAAAUCAGGAAAGCCUUUGCAAAGUCAUGCAAAGGCACCGUUUCUGGCAACCUUCAAGAUAAGAAAAACUCUGCGUGAAUCUGAAGGGGUCACAGAAGAGGUCACAGACGAGUUUAAUAAUUCGGAUGAAAACGAACUCAAAACUGUUGAUGUGUGGCAGUCUGCUAUAUUCAAAGUUGGAGAUGACUGCCGUCAAGACGUGUUGGCUCUUCAGCUGAUUGCUAUAUUUAAAAAUAUAUUUACUAGCAUUGGAUUAGAUUUAUAUCUUUAUCCAUAUAAAGUUGUUGCAACGGCACCUGGAUGUGGAGUCAUUGAUGUUAUACCAAAAGCAUUGUCGAGAGCCCAAGUAGGGACGCAGAAGGUCAACGAUUUGUAUUCAUAUUUUCUUACAAGAUAUGGUGGAUUGGAUUCAUUGGAAUUUCAAAAGGCCAGGAACUGUUUUAUUCAGAGUGCAGCCGCGUACUCGGUUGUCUCGUAUAUUUUGCAGAUAUCGGAUAGACACAAUGGCAAUAUAAUGUUAGAUGAUUAUGGUCACAUAAUUCACAUUGAUUUUGGAUUUAUUCUUGAUAUUUCGCCCGGUGGCAUCAAAUUUGAGAGCUCGCCAUUCAAACUUACAACAGAAAUGAUUCAAGUGAUGGGAGGUAGUGCAGGAGUUCAACCAUUCCAAUGGUUCUCAGAGCUGUGUAUCAAAGCAUACCUGGCGUUAAGGCCAUACGCUGAACAGAUAACGCAGUGUGUUGCGUUAAUGCUUGGUUCGGGCCUUCCUUGUUUCAAGGGCGAGAUGACUCUCAAGAGAUUGCAACAAAGAUUCCAGUUGGACAGGACAGAGCGCGCUGCCGCAGAAUUUAUGAUGGAGAGGAUAUUCCAAUCGUUCGAGAAUAGACGAACUGUGUUCUAUGACUACUUCCAGAAAGCAACAAAUGGCAUUCCAUUUUAA